UGAGUGUUCCAUUUACACCGGUAUUGUGGUCCUGCAGACAUGUUUCGACCGUUGUUUCCAGCUCUUGUUCCAAAAGCAGUGGAUCCUUUCUGGUUUCCCGUUGAUAAACCUUGUCUCGAUGAAUCUGAAAUAAGUGCGCUGGAAGCUGAUUACAACAAUUGGGCUCAGAGCGUCGGCGAUAAAGACAAUGCUAUAGUACCAAUAGGAAAAACUGCCCAGGAGCAUUAUGAUGAAGAAGAGGAAGAAGAGGAGGAGGAAGAAGUUGAUGAUGAGAGCGACACUAAUGAUGAUGAACUUGACACAGAUAUGGUUGAUGACAGGGAUUCUGCCGAUGAUUUUGACUUUAGAGGCCGCCGAAACAGUCUCAACCUGAUUUAUUUGGAGCGGAGUUUGAGCAUAAAUACAGCGGUCAUCGAGGGUUGACAUGGAUGCCCAAGUAACUGCUGGGAGCUCUCCCAUGUGGGGAGUCUGAAAAUGUAUUUGUGUGGAAUGGAAUCUCGUUUUUGUUAAAGAAUUUUGCAGAAGUCCUGAUCACUGGCUUGAAACUACUCCACAAGUAUUAUGGAAAAAUAAUUUCAAUGAAUUUAAAAUAUUUUUAAAGUUCCAUUAACCUCUCGGCUCUGAAAUCCUGCUCACCGAUAAUCUAAAUAAUUUUGGUAAAACAAUCAUUUCUCAACAAAAAAGAAGGAAAAAAAACUCAAUCCAAUUAUAAAAAUAUUUGUUCUAAUUUGUCAAAUGUACAAGUCUAAAUUUUUUUGUUUUGAUUAAUUUUUGUUCUCUGCUUGAUUGUUUUACAAAUGUAUCAACUGCUUCCCUACACAAAGUUUGUAAUGUUAAUCUUAUCAAGAACAAAACCAUUUAUUUAAUGUACUGAAACCUCACAGUAGGAUCACUGCAGGCUUGUUUUAUGGGGCCUUCAUUUACCUCACCUGGUUGAUUCUCUCAGUAAAACUCUCAUUUAUCCCUGUCUACUAAUAAAACAUACAUUUUUAGACUUCCCUGCAACAUUAAGAUAAAACAAAACUGGUACAAGACAUUUCUUCUUUUAUAUUUCUGGAAAUGCUUGACACGAUAUUGACUUAGGUUACACAAAAUUUGCAAAGUGGGAUAAAUAUUUUAUUACACUUAACAGAUUUUUUGUGCCUAGUCUUUGUCAACAUUGACUAUAGUUAGUGCCCUCAGAUUCUUCUAUUUCUCAAUGGUUUAGUUUGCUUUGUGAUGUAGACCAACAGCCCCCAUCCUGUUAUUUUGAGCCAGGGAUCAGUUUCAUUCAUGACAAUUUUCCCACAGACCAAGGAAUCAUGUGCAUAAAAAUAAAAACACUGUAAAGCACAUAAUAUAUAAGCUAUUGCUUAUGUAAUACAUAUAUAUUACAUAUAUAAUACACAUAUAAUGCAAAAAGCACUCUGCAGACUACGAUAGUCAUUAAACUAUAAAUAAAAUUUAAAAAUUUAUUUUUAUGGCCCCAGUACUGGUCUGCAGCUCAGAGUUUGGGAACUCCUGAUGUAGACUAUUGGGAAAUUUCAUUGUGGGUGGAUGUUUUCACAUCCCAAGGGAUGUGUCAUCUGUAUCACUUUAUCCUUGUAAUACCAGAAAGAUUCCUCAGUUUGUGUAGGGUUAUUUGGAGUAGAGUUUGAGAGUAGAUAUGGCAGUUGGAACUGGUUAGUGUGGGGGUCUCUGGGUCAUAUCUACCAUUAUGUGUAUGAUGUAUACAGAUAUAUACGUAUAUAUAUAUAAAUAUAUAUAUGCACACAUAUAUAAAAUUAAUGUUUAAUAUUUCAUCAAUCUGAACAAUAUAAGUUCAGACAAAGCUAUCUCCAGAUCUCCUGAAUAUAUCAACACAUUAUAAGAUUAUUAUAUUCAAAUGCUUUUAUUCACUUUAUUCCAGCCAAGCAUCUCUUAAAAAUGCAUUGCUAAAUGUCUUUUGGUUUUAAUGUGCUUGAAUACUAUAUAUAGGUUGUAUUGGUGUUGUGAAUGCUAAAGUAUAAGCUUAUGUAAUGAUACUCUUUGCAUUCAUUGGUAUAGAUAUAUACAUGUAUAUAAAUUAUGUAAAUAAUAAUACUAAU